AUGAUAAGCAGCGACGACGAAGAGUGUCCGAGAGGAUAUCUAAUUCUUAGACCGGAAGAGCUCCGGCCAUCUGAACUUCUCCGUCUUUUAUUCUCCGGCGAUAUCGAAAAGCCGAGAUUAGUUGAAAGCUCCGAAACCGAAGAACAAAGUUUCCGACAUCGAUGGCUUAUCUUCGUCUCUCUUGUCCUCCUCAAGCUUCUCCGAUUUCUCUACGAGCCUUUAGCUUUCCUUGGCUCCGUCUUAGAAUUCUCCUUAAACUUCAUCUCCGAUAACUCUUUCUCCAACUUCUUCCUCCGAGGGGAAUUGGUGAUGCCGAAAAAUACGUCCGAGAAUUACAUAUCAUUUAUCGGACAUUUAGACAGGAGAAUAAGUUUAGACACAAAGAUGAAUCGCGAAGAUGGAGACAUAUACUAUGCUGCAUUGGCCAUGAUGUCUUCGAAAAUUGCCUACGAAAAUUCGGCUCGUAUAAAACAUGUCGUGGAGAAUCAUUGGAAUAUGAAGUACUUAGGUCUCGAUGAUUAUUGGAACGAGUAUCAAGAAAAGGAAACAACACAAGCCUUCAUGAUGAUGUCUACUGAUCAUAAAGCAGCAAAAACGUCAAAUGGCCAAGAAACGACGGUGGUGGUUGCAUUUAGAGGUACCGAGCCGUUUAAUUCGGAAGAUUGGUGUUCUGAUUUCGAUAUUACGUGGUACGAGCUCCCAAGCGUUGGGAGGAUCCAUGGUGGUUUCAUGAAAGCUUUAGGGCUUCAAAACAAUUGUAGUUGGCCAAAGAAACCUAUCCCAAACCCUAAUCGACUGUCCCCGUUAGCUUACUACUCAAUAAGAGACUCCUUGAAAACUCUGACCGCUCAAAACGGAAAUACUAAAAUCGUUCUAACCGGUCAUAGUUUAGGAGGAGCUCUCGCGAUAUUGUUCGCGGCCGUGCUCGUGAUGCACGAUGAGACCGAGUUGUUGCAGAGGAUUCAAGGAAUUUAUACUUAUGGACAACCUAGGGUUGGAGAUUCUAAGUUUGGUGAAUUUAUGGAGAAGAAAUUAGAGAAAUAUAAUAUUAAGUAUUAUAGAUUCGUUUAUAACAACGACAUUGUUCCGAGAUUACCAUACGAUGACAAGGAUUUGAUGUUCCAACACUUUGGCACUUGCAUCUACUACGACCGACAAUAUCAAGCAAAGGUUUUGAGAGAAGAACCAGACGAGAUGUAUUUUUCGUUGAAGGGUAUUAUAAGAUUGAUGUACAAUGCUGUGUUGGAGUUUAUGAGAAGCUUCACGAUUGUGACUGAGAAGGGACCUGAGUUUAGAGAAGUAUGGUUGUUGAAGGUUAUUAGGGUUUUGGGGAUUAUAUUCCCUGGGGUUUCGAAUCAUACACCUCAAGAUUAUGUGAAUGCUACUAGAUUAACUCCUUCUUAUGUUUUCCAAAUUCAUGAAGAUAGAAAUGUAUCCAUAACAUAA